CGGCCAGCUGCAGUCUUUGCUGACAUUGUAUCACGAUGGCACGCAGAAGCCCCAAAAGGCCUUUGCCUAUUUACCACUCAUUCCCCGAUUGCAACGAUGAUUCAAGAUGCCGGUAAUUGCCAGAAGUCUUCAGCAGCACGAGUUGGUAGAGGAACAAAAUCCUGUGAAUGAUAUUCACAUGUCACCUGCUCGGAAACUCAUGUAUGAUAAAGGUAGACACAUCUCAGAGUUUCAAAAGCGUUUAGUCAACAGGGGUGAUUCAGGUGGAAGAUGUUGGCGAUUUUUACCAUAUAUUACCUUCCCAUAUUCUUUGAACUGCCCACCUCAUGCAUUGACAUCGGUGGGACAGCAGUUAGACUUUGGCAGACAGGUGUUAGAACUUUGGCACAAAGCCUCCCAUGGUCCAACAACCCGUAAUCGGAAAAAGGCAAAGUCAGCAGCAACAAAGCUGGAGAAGGCAACAGAAAAGAAGGGAGUGGAAAAAUCGGCUCGACUGCCAUAUUACAUCAACGUUGAUAUACUCGUUGAGCUCAUGCACACAGUUCAAGUGAGGUAUACUAAUCAUGUAUUUCAUGUGGACAUGAAGAAGAUUAUUGGGCUUCUGACUGGAAGAGAUGACAAUGAAAAGCUCCAUAAUGCUGAGGCUGCCCUUGGGAGACAAAUAAACCUGCGAGCUGUGGAAAGUGCAUUAUGGACAUUGACAAGAGAAAAAAGCAGCAGCAGAUGAGAGGCUGCUUCCAAUACGGCCACCAUGUGGACUAGACUGGACCCUGAAGAAACUCUUUACACGGACCAGCCUACUGUGCAUGAAUUGCAGUGAUUGGAAAAAGGUACCAGUACACGUCUAGAAGGAGCUUUGUGAGGUCUUGGGCCUGGUUGAACAAGACUUCCCUUAG